CGAAGCUUAUUUCAUUUAUUUUUAUUUCCCAGCUAGUGCCAAUAUAGCUGGUAAGAAUAGGGCUAGAUUAACAGUGCGUGUUUUUAACUAAAAUCCAGGUAAAGUCGUGCUAAAUCUUGAACCAUUCACCGUGCGUGUGCUAACCAUUAUGCCGUAUGGCCAUACAUAGUUUCGCCCUACAAUCAGCUAACGAGGCCUUCCACUAUACGUCAACCGGAAUUGCCGAAGAUCAGCGGAAGAACCAACGGGACGCCAGCGACAGCCGCCACCCACGCUAUCGUUCACGCCACGGUUCAAACCAUCCGACCAACAUCCAAUUCUGCCAAGCUACCAGGGGAGCAGAAUCAGCCAGCAGCAUUUGUUCUGCCAGCCAUCCGUCUACGUCACACUCCAUCCCAGCUUACCAUCAAUCACCGAGAGCGAAUCGCCGCCGGUCGGCUACGUCAUCGUUCGAUCAGCCGAGAGCCGGAGUCCGCGGACUGCGAUACAUCGACCACGCUGUACUCUCUAUAUGGUGCAGCGUGGGGUUUUCUUAGCGUCCAUGAAAGACGCCACUGAAAUUUGCGCAUAUUAAAAAUCAUG